AUGAACUUGUUAAUUCAGGAUAAAACUGAGCAGUUCUCUAUGCCAAACUUGAACUUCAGCAUAAGCCAAAUGAUCAAUUAGGCUUAGCAAAAAUAACAGCAGUAAUCGACGACUGAAUUCUUGACUCCAUCAAAGCAUCGUUCAAUGGAACAACUAUUAAAAUCACCGGGUGUACAAGAACUAAUAAAGGAUUCAAUAAAGGCAGUUAUAAAAAAGAAAGAUUUUAGUCCGAAACUAUUUACUCAAUACAAAUACGAUCAAUUAGACAGAUCUGAAAGUCCAGCAUAAUAAAUGUUACCCAAAAUAGAGAAAGUCAACAAUAUUCAUGUUCUUAAACAAAUAUAGCAUGUCAAGAAAAAGAAAUGUAAGACUUACCCCAUUAUCUAUGAUAGCAAACAACCAUAACAACUCACCGAAGUCAAAGAAAUCGAAUCAUUUAAAAUAUUAAUAAGGAAGGUUCAUGCAGAUAUUUCCUUAGGCUGA